CAUCUCCAAACGAAACUUGAGUCUUGAAAUCAGAAAUUUAUACAGGACAACAUUAAACAAGUACUUUAAUAAAUUUAUUAAAUUAGUUUUACUAUCCAGGUUUUGAGAUAUUUCAAUAAUUUAUGCUAAAAUGGCAGACCGUUUGACUCAAUUACAAGACACAAUUAAUCAGCAAGCAGAGUACUUUUGCAACAGUAUUGGUGUCUUACAACAGUUCUCCACUCCAAGCAAAUUCCCUGGUUUUGACCGUAGCGGUUCACAAACGCCACAGCAACAACAGAGUCAAGAAGACUAUGCCGUUCUCUUUGCGACAUUGAUAUCACGUUGUGCUAAAGAUAUUGACACUCUUAUCGAAUCACUUCCAAGUGAAGAAAGUUCAACAGAACUUCAGGUUCAAAGUUUGAGGCGUUUGGAGGCUGAGAACAAAGAAGCUGCAGAACAAUUAGAAGAGGUGGUCCGCCAAGGAGAAAUAUUGUUAGAAAAAAUUCAAGGUGCUCUGAGUGACAUAGCCCAAUGUCAACUGGAUAUGCAGAAUCCAGCACAAAUUUUAGAGAAAGACUUGAAACCACAGUUAUAGGAGAUAAAUUAUGAAGGGUGGUACUGGUGAUAAAAAUACCAAUUAAUGAUAAAGGAACUGACACUCAAAUUAACAAAUACACUUUCUAUGUUAUAUUUUAUUAUUUUUAAGCAUUUAUAAAUAGUAUAAAAUGUCUUUAUCUAUAAGGUUUGUAGGUCUGUUUACAACUAAGCUUAUGUAAUAUUCAGUACCAAGACAAAGAAAAAAAUAGAAUAUAAAGAUAUUAAAAUUAAACUGUUCUCUUUUCCAAAGUUACUGAACUCUCUCAGGUUUAAACAUUUUUAAAGAGUUGUUAUGUAAUAUAUACAGGGUUAGCUUCUGUUAUAUGUGUUAGAGUAAAAAUUAUUUGUAUGUGUGGUAUGUACCAUCAUAAAACUGGUAUAGUAUACAAAAGCAUAAGAUGGUUAUUCGGUAUUGUCAUUAUUAAAGUUAAACAACAA